AUGGGUAGUUGUCUCGUAUUGGAAACCAAUGGUCAAGGUCUCGUGGGUGCCAAGAGGAAAUUUCUGGGUUUGUCCAUGCCGGCGCGUGGACUGUUGCCGGAGGUCGGAGAGGCCGCGCUAGAUUCAUCGGAGGGCGGUGAGUAUGAUGGCGGUAGAGCUCCGGCCCCGAAAAAGAGGCGAGGUUUUUGUUCUGGAAAGAAGGCAGAGGAUAUCGUUCAACAAACGGGGCAGAAGAUCAAGCUGGAGUAUUGCCCCCGUUUAAAAGGCCCUAGCGCCAGGGGGAUAAACAGUUUUGUGGCACAUGAUAUUGGUUGCGCCAUACGGAGUCUGGUGGGAAUGAGGUACGAGUGGGAUGAAAAUGAUGAGGCAAUGUUCAAUUGGAUACUGAUGAGAGCACAGGAGAGGUACAAGGACUGGAAGUACCACUGUCACAAAGCUUAUUUGAAGAAAGGGUCCUCUGGCAUGCCUUCAGAUUUCAUUGGGAGAGAUGACCAGUGGGACUUCUAUGCCAGCACUUCGAGUCAGAUGCGUUCAAGAGACUCUCCUUGGCAAACAAGCGGAACCGCGGGAAGAAGACUAUGCACCACCACACGGGGUCUUCUCCUAUCAUCUACACAAUGGAGGAACUCAGAAUACAAGGGGAGCAACUUCCAAUUAUCAAAGGUUUUGAGAAGACCUAUGUCAGGGUCGGUGAUGAAGAUACGACCAAGAAAUAUAUAAGUGUCUUUCCUUUUACU